AUGGCAUCAUCAUCAUCUAACAUUGACCUGUCUGGAUCUGUGUAUUGUGUUGUAACAGGGGCAUCUCAGGGAAUCGGCAGAGCGAUAGCCAUUGAGGUAUCUAAACUUCUUGGACCCAAUUCACUGUUGAUUUUGUUGGCUCGUAACAAACAAGAAUUAUCUAAAACAGCUUCUCUCUGUGAAACCAAUAAUGUCAAAGUUGUGUAUGAGUCAAUUGAUUUAACAAAAGCUACUAAGACAGAAAUGUCUGAUGUACUUGAGAAGCCAUUGGAAGGACGAAAAGUUGUUGAUUUUGACAUAGGUCUGAUAUUCCAUAAUGUUGGUUCACUUGGAAAUUUAUCUGUGGAGACACAGCGCAUGGAGAAUGUUGAGGAAUUGAGAACUUACUAUGAUCUGAAUGUUUUUAAUGUUAUUACACUGAAUACUCAGUUCCUUAAGUUGUUUGAGGAGGUUGAAGACAGGAUGAUAAUUGUGAAUAUAACUUCCUUAUGCGCUAUUAAACCUAUGAGUGGAAUGGCCUAUUAUUGCAGUGGCAAAGCGGCAAGAGAAAUGUAUUUCAGAGUCCUUGCUGAAGAGAAAAAGAAUAUUAGAGUUCUUAAUUAUUCUCCAGGGCCAGUUGAGACCUCUAUGAUAGAUUACGUUCUUGAUGAAGCUGUGAAUGACAAUUUAAAGGAUGUUUUCCAUACAUUCAAAAACCAGGGCACGCUUUUGAAGCCAGAAGUAACUGCAAAGAAAUGCAUGAAAGUUCUACUCGCUGGAAAAUUUUCACCUGGCGAACAUGUUGAUUAUUUUGAUGAUGAGUAA